UUAGACAUAUUUAUUUCCUUUCCGUGAAGCAUCCCUUCCACCAAAAGAUGCAAACGUGCAAACGCGCGAUCAACUAAAGAACUCCCGUCCCUCCCCCAACUUAAUUCCAGGGUCGUAGAUCUGCCCUCGCCCUCCCGAAGCUAUUCGGGCAGUGUCCGGACAGCAUCGGAGGGGCUAGAAUCUGGCGUCGUCCGCCUCUUCAUCCCAAUAUCUCCUUGCCUGACGCACGCGUGCUGACGGGGGAGGGGAAAGAGAAAGCUUUUCCCCCACACAGCUUGCGGUCCGGACACCGGGGAGAUGCCUGGCCGGGGUCCGGGGUCCGACUGGACUGAGUGCAGCUCUUCCUCAGAGCCGCCCGCAGCGGCCGGAACCGAGGGUGCCGGCGGAGGAUCCGCUGGACAUUCUUAUGACAAGAAUUCCAAAAGUACUGACGGAAUCAUAGAUGGACACAAAGUGAACUCACACAUAGCUAAGCUGCAAGAGUUAUGGAAAUCUCCUCAAACAAUUCACAUCCCUAAAUCAAUGACAGAUGCAUCCUUUCUAAAGCAUCGAGACCUCACCGUAGGCCAGAAGCGUUAUCUGUGCAGCAUUGCUAAGAUUUAUAAUGCGAACUAUCUGAGGACGUUAAUGAAGAGGCAGUACAUGCAUGUGAUUCAGCACAGCUCACAGAAGCCAGGUGUCCUCACUCAUCACAGGAGCCGCCUCAGCUCUCCUUACUCACAUAAACAGCAUUACCCCUUCACUACAUGGCGACACCAACUGGAGAGAGAGGACUUGGGGCCUUCUAAUAUUGUAGCUGCAUCCACAACUGAAGUGUUCAUACAGCAUUCCCUUUGGCGACCAGUGAGAAACAAAGAAGGGUUAAAAGCUGGAUAUGCAUCUAAAACAAGAUGUAAGUCACUGAAGAUUUUUAGAACAAGCAGACUUUUCAUGCAACCUGUUUCUUCAAAUGAUGAUGAAUCAUACAUGAAUGAAGGAAAAAAGGAAGAAGAUUUACUAAAUAAGUAUAUGCAAUCAAUGUCAAUUGAAGAACAGGGAGAACAUCUGAUGAAAACCUGACAGUCUUGUCUUGUGUACUGAAUUCAAACAUUGGCCAACAUCCAAAUAUCGUGCCAAAGAUGAGGGGAAGAGGUUGUGAAUUGUUUCCUGUCUACAUUUAGGAUAGUAUUGUUAUUCACUAUUAAGUCAUUAAGUAAUUUUGGUUUGUUCAGAAGCUUUUAUGACAAUGUAGUUGGUCUGAUAUAGUUCCAUGUACUAGUGA